AUGGGUAUGCCGCGCUACAAUGCCAAGUACCAGAGAUAUAAAGAAAGGGGUGAGAAGAAGAAGAAGAAGAAGAAGAAGAAGAAGAAGAAGAAGAAGAAGAAGAAGAAGAAGAAGAAGAAGGGGAAACAACAAGUAAAUAACAUGAAAAAAGAGAAUCCGUCACUCAAAACAUAUGUACUGUCGUGA